UUUUAUUAUUUUUUGUCUCUUUCUUCUUGAUUUGGAGUGUUAGGCUGGUGUGGAAUCUUUUAACUUCAAAGAUUCCACAUCGAAAAGGCAGGACUUUCUCCCCUUCCGGGUGUGGAGGAGGAGGGAGUAAGCUGAAGAAGCUUCACAUCUCACAAUUUCAUGCAGAUUCGAUAGCCAGCUAGAUAGAUAGAUGGAUACAUUCUGAAGCUGUAGUUACCUUACCGCCAAUGGUCAAGCAGAACAAAAUAUAACGGAGUUAACAAUUAUGAAAUGGAAUAAUAGAUUCUCAAACUCAAGAAAUAACUAACUAGCUCUGGGUGAGCACAUAUUAUAUUAUUAUUACAUCCAUCCAAUUUCCAAUUCCCUGGAUAGGGCUGCUAGGGGCUGAGUUGUUUAUUUAUGAUCAUUACCGUUGUUCUUGCGCCGACCGAUCCGCCCGCCGCAACCCCACGCCCACCAGCAUCCACGGGUCCGCGGUCAGAGCGUGUGUCAACAACUUUCUUUUUCUCCCCCGUCACAUCUCCGAGACCAUUCUUCUUCUUCUUUGCUAUUUCUCCUCCUCCUCCUCCUCAUCCUCCUCCUCCGCCGCCGCCCUCAUCCUCUUCCUCUCCACUCUCCACUCUCCACUUUCCACUUUCCACUUUCCACUUUCCACUCUCCUCUCUCCUUCCACAAAGCCCUCCGCAGGUUGUCUCUCUCGUUCGCCAUGCCGCUCUGGGGAGGUGACUGAUUGGGCUGAGUGACGUUAGACCCUCCGUCCUCGAUCUCGAUCUCGAUAUCCGGUGCUUUGUCCAAAACAUUUGGAACAAUUCUCCGUGGUAUAAAUUAACUGCGAUAGUCAACUGCUUUUUAUCCCAUCCCGUAGUCGAUCGACAACUAUGAGUCUGGACUUGGUGGUUUCUUGAGCGCAUUUUAGGGUGAUCCCAUGUACAGCAAAUACAGAUAAUCUACCGUGUCAACUUUCCACAUCGGGUAAUCAGUGCUUAAUAAGAGGAAAGAGAAGAAACAGAAGAAAAGAAAGAAAAGAAGGGAAAGAAGGAAACUCCAUCUACUAUGCAUAUACUCCCGUCCUCCCUCGCGGAGGUGGUGAUGCCGCUGCUGUGGAUAUGCGCAUUCACUCUCCUCUCCAUGCCUGCGCAGGCGCAGGUAUCCCGCCCUACCAACGACUCGGUAGACACGUUCCUCCCUAUCACCAAAUAUGAACUACUUACCAUGCAGUUGACGCUGGGCCCGAUUGGGCUGUUGCCACUUAGCACCGCCCUAAGGAGGUUGUUCCGGAGUCUCCUUGAAUCGCGUUUCAACAUCACUGGAACAUUAGUGAUCAUAGAUGCCAAUAACGCCACCAGGCUUAAUGGGAGUGAUAUCGCUCUAGUCAGCUGCGAUGCGUCCGUCUCUUCUGGAGAAUCCGACGUCGAUGACGCCCUACGAUUAGCCAUCACUGGGGCCUUCACUCCCAACGCGAUCAUCCUCUACAGCACCGAGUCUUCACAUUGCAGCUACUCUCCUGGGGCCCUUAACUGGCCCCCAUUCAUGAAUAUUUUCACCAUCACCAGUUCCCUAGCUGCGAGUGAGUUAACAACGGCCUUGCUCUCCGGGGGGAGGGCCGUCGGGGAAUCAAUUAUAAUUCCAAGUAUGGAUAUGGGUUCAUCGAGGCCUGGAAGUGGAGGUCAGCGAAACAACGUAGCCAUGAUAAUCCUGUAUAGCAUUACGGGGAUCAUAACCGCGUUGUUCCUUACCGUCAUCAUCACCGGAGCUGUUCGAGCCCAUCUUAACCCCGAUCGAUAUGGUCCGCGCAACACCGCUGGUAGACCUCGCCAGAGCCGUGCCAAGGGAAUUGCACGAGCCAUGCUUGAGACACUACCCAUUGUCAAGUUUGGCGACCCCGAGGACGAAAGAGCUCCGACCGCGAAGCAGGACCUUGAGCUAGCGUCCAACUAUCCAGAUGGUGAACAUGAUCACCGGAGAAGUGACGCACGCACCGACGGCGUCACAACCCCUAAAACUCGGCAAGUAGACCAACACCAGCAACAACUGCAACCAGUGGCACCACAACAAGAACGAACAGCGACAUCGGCCACGGUGGCGUCAACAUCCCAUGUGGUUGCAAAUACGGUAAAAGAGCAAGAUGAGGGAGUCAUUGGCCCUGCUUCACCAGAGCUGAAUCCUGUCAAUCAGGAUCAGUUGGCAGAUUCUGGUACGCUAGGUUGCCCCAUCUGCACAGAUGACUUUGUGAAGGGUCAAGACGUGAGGCUUCUGCCGUGCCAGCACAAAUUCCACCCGGAAUGCGUUGACCCUUGGUUAAUAAAUGUAUCCGGGACCUGUCCUCUCUGCCGCAUAAACCUCAACCCUGAAGAAGCCGAACCCGAACCCGAUGUCGCCGCAACUCCAACCUCCACACCAUCCCGAGCGACUACGCCGACACCCCCAUCAACGCUAGCCCGGCACUCCGGCCAUUCCCACCACCACUUCCGCACCUCCUACGCCCGCCGCUACCGCAGGGUAUCAACUUACUUCGUCCCCGCCUCUACUCGCGGCAUGAUAUUAGACACAGGUACCGAAAACGAUAGUGCGGAACAGGAACACCAACGCCAACGCCGCCUCUAUACGCUCCGGCACAUGCGCGGCAGUAGUGAACAACACCGCACGAACGACGGUAACAACAACGUGACGGCGACGGGGGCUAUUACCGAGGCGUCGUCGUCACCAGCAGUAGCCGAAGGAAGUGGCCAGGGGCAGAUGGAUGAGGCGUCGAGGCGGAAUCGGUUAUCGACGUGGCUGAGGGAGCGGGUUCCGGGUGCGGACGAGGAGGCAUGGGGAGAGUGA